GUUUGAUGUGACAUGGUUAAUUGUAGAGGAACUUACUGAGUCAGAUGUCUUCACAGUGGUGGUGAUAGGAACCAGGGGUCCUCAUGUCUUAGAAUCAAAUAUAGCCAAUUCUUUUCUAAACACAGAGACUAGUGAGCCUAGACAUGUCUUCUGAGUUUCAUAUGCCAUGUUAAUGAUGGUCAAAUAGUGGUCAGUUUGGGUAAAUAUGCUUUUUUUGGGGAACCGGGUUGCCUUAUAACACUCUACAUGUUCCUCUCUACCAUGAAUAGAUUUAAAAACAUAGAUUUUAGGCCAAAAAUUUCUCUAAACUAUCAUCAGUGUCUUAGACACCAGACAGUGAAUUCAUAACCAUUUCAUAUGAUAGCUUUCAGUGAGGGGAGCUCUUAGAGCUGGACGUCUGGUUCCUAUCACCACUACUUUGAACAUUUCUCUGUGAAGUUUUUCCAAAACAGCCUUUUGUGCCAAACCUCUCUGAAUGACUCUGCUCACAUUAGAAUGAUUGCAUUAUGCAGAAAUUUUGAAAAACUGCUUGAGUUCCCCUUCUUGCUCCAGUGUAACCUGUGAGGUUAAUAGAAAGGCCUAACAUUCAUCAUCUUCCAGUCAUAAGCUUUCCCGGCCAGGUAGCGCUGUAGCUGAGUGUAUAUGUGUGCGGGUAUUGGAGCGGUCAUGUGUUUGCUCCGAGUGCGUCCCCCAUGGGCUCCGAACAGCAUGGCUGGCCGUGGCUUGAAAGAAAGUGUGCACUUCAGCAUGUUGCAUUGACUACCAGGCACUGUUACUGCAAACCUCUGCACAUCCACAGUUCUAGAACGGCCAAUACAACAACAAAAAAAAAGCGCCCACACAUACCCACAUGCACACCCACCCUUCCCCCCAUACCGUGACCCCACUCCCAACGCUGACCGUGGGCCAGGCCUGAAAGGGUCACGUGGAGCUGGCACCGGCAAGCUCAAGUGCAUUUGUUCUGUGCGGACAAACCUGUGUGUUUAAAGGAUUUUGCCACCAUCGACAGAAAAGCAAGAGGGAUAACUUUUUGGAAUUCGGCCUAGGGGGUCCUCUUUGACGUUACGCUCACUGCAGGCUCCCCGCUCUCCUGUCUUGCUCUCUCUCCCUGCGGAAAGGUUCACACUUGAGAGUGUUUCUUUAUCCUGAAGGACUCGGUGUGUUGAGCUUUGCAGCCUCCGCAGCAUCCAUCAAGAUGUACAGCUUUAUGGGAGGGGGCCUAUUCUGCGCCAUCGUGGGGAACAUCCUCCUGGUGGUCUCCACGGCCACCGACUACUGGAUGCAGUACCGCCUGUCCGGCAGCUUCGCUCACCAGGGCCUGUGGCGCUACUGUAUGUCCGGCAAGUGCUACAUGCAGACAGAUAGUAUCGCAUACUGGAACGCCACAAGGGCCUUCAUGAUUCUAUCCGCGAUGUCGUGUUUCGCGGGAAUCAUCGCCGGCAUCCUCUCCUUCGCUCACUUCUCUGCUUUCGAGAGGUUCAACCGCUCCUUUGCCGCAGGGAUCAUGUUUUUCGUUUCAACUCUCUUUGUUCUGCUUGCGAUGGCUAUCUACACCGGGGUGACGGUGAACUUCUUGGGAAAGCGUUUUGGUGACUGGCGUUUCUCCUGGUCCUACAUACUAGGCUGGGUCGCCCUGCUCAUGACCUUCUUUGCAGGUAUAUUUUACAUGUGCGCCUACAGGAUGCAUGAGUGCAGGCGAGUGGCCGGCCCGCGCUAGAGGGAUUAAGAAAAAGGAACAGAAACUACGAUGACAAGAAUAAGGACGAGUACGAGUCUGCAGGCCUGUUCACCGCAAAAUCAGGGCUUCAAUCAGUGACGUCAGGGCUGCAUCGCAGCCGAGUCAAAGUAAACGCAGGGAAAGCAGCUGAAAAAUAAAGGUGCCUCAAGUUCUCUGCCUCUGCGGUUCUUCUUCACUCUUACACAGUCCAUACUACGGUCAGUAGCAGUUAGAUCAUUACACUAAAUGUAUGGCUAUGAUGGGAAAUGAAAGUGAUAGAAUUUUAAGUUCAGAUGAAAAUGUUCUGUUCAUGCUGGUUAGAUUUUGAAAUAAAUUUCAGACCAUUGAAAAAAAA